GUACAACGCUAAACAGCAUGGCACAAGAGGCGUGGCUCUCCAUAAAAGGGUAUUAUCAUUUUGUCUUUUGCUUUUGGGCAUUGAAACCAAUAGCUAAGAAGUCUGUCAGGUAAUAGCCAAUCACGACACACCACUGUGUUCAAAGGAAACUACGUCCAUUUCGGCUUUGAGCGAUGCGUCAACACCAAUGGGGAAUCAGAGCCAAAAUGGCUGAAGGAGACCCUCAGUUUCAGUUAGGGGCCGAAUCAUUUCUGUUCAAUGACGGUUCAGCUAACCAAUAGCAGACUGAGUUGUUAUGCUCAGCAACCAAUCAUGUGACAGCACACAGAGGCUUUGUGUUACAGUACAGUAGGUAGCUGUUGUCCACAUUAACAAGGCACUAUUUUGGAAGCACUUUAACAAACUAUAGCUGUUCCAUGUCAUUCGGUACGUCCGCAUCCAACGAGACGUUUCAGGCGUUCCAUUAGCUGUAAACCAGCACAGACAGAACCAGCCAGCCUUAAACCACUAACGCUGGAUAAACUUAAAACACUAGCAGCUCCUUUUUAUAGCAUUUUCCUAUCUGGUAGCUUCUGGCAACUGUAGAGGCUAACGUUUUGUUUUUUUUUUCUUCCUUUGGCUGACGCUUCCAAAAUACAACCGAAAUAGCAACAACUUUCCGUCGUUAUUUUGGCAUUUUGUCAUUUCUGCAAACGUUAGCCAACUUUUUUUCCACUUCAAAACAAAGCUGCCCUCUUGACACAUUUUACUUGCUAGGAGAAAAAAAAAAUUCUUCAGAUUUUAUCUACAAGCCGAAUUUUCUUCGAAGACCUGCCAGUAUCUAACAAUUUUAUUUAGCUUGCAUUGAGGCUUUUAAGGAUUGUUUAGCUGUGUUAGCCCUCCGCUAGCUAGCUCUCACCGACCCCUUUAAAUCAUCAUCUGGGUGCUCAACAAGGAAGAAAGCAAUUUCGGUAUUUAACUGGUGCUUUAUGCUGCUGGACCUUUAACUUUUAAAUAUACCCAGUGAUCCACAGCGACUGUGUCUCCCCUCCUUCGCCCAUUAAAAAACAAAACAAAGGCUGACAUAACCAAAUCACCUGAGCGUUGAAAGGAAGAAUCUAGGGAAGGACCUUCAGCAGGUUGGAUACACUCCUGGAAUCUCUCUUCGGAUUGUUAUAAUAUUAGUGUUAUUGUUGAAAAUGGCGGCGAUCGGAAUGGUGCAGAUGUUGAUUGAAGCAGCUGAGUACCUCGAUCGUAGGGAAAGAGAAGCUGAGCAUGGCUAUGCCUCUAUGCCACCCUUCAUCAGCAGCCGGGAGAGGGAAAGCCUCAAAAGGAAAAACAAGAGCAAGAAAAACAUAAGUAGCAGGUCUACACACAAUGAGAUGGAAAAGAACAGACGGGCACAUCUACGGCUGUGCCUGGAGCGCUUGAAAUCUCUCGUUCCUUUGGGACCAGAUGCCAACAGGCACACCACCCUCAGCCUGCUGAUGAAGGCCAAAGAACAUAUAAAGAGGCUAGAGGAGAGCGACAGGAGAGCUCAGCACACCUUGGAGCAGCUACAGCGGGAGCGGAGACACCUGAGGAGGCGCCUGGAGCAGCUGGGAGUGGAGCGGACCCGCAUGGACAGCACCGGCUCCACCCGCUCCUCGGACAAGUCCGACUCUGACCAGGAGGACCUGGACGUGGACGUGGAGGGGACGGACUACCUGCUGGGUGACCUGGAGUGGAGCACCAGCAGCGUGAGUGACUCAGGGGACGAGCGAGGCAGCCUGCGGAGCAGCUGCAGCGACGAGGGCUACUCCAGCGCCAGCCUGCAGCGCCUGCAGGACACUCAGGAGACGGCCAAGCAGCUGGGCUGCGGCCUAUAAACGUCCUGGACCACCGAGCCGACACCCACCUCCACCCAAAAUCUCCAUCUCACCACUUCUACCUGCUCAGACCCUGCCCUCUUCCCCCUCCCCCCUCCCCCCCUUUGUCCCUCCCAGCCGUCCUCUUCUCCUCUGCAGCUGACUUCCACUCAGACUGCAGCAGCUCAAAGACGCCCACGCACAUUCAGCUCUUCUUCUUCUUCAUCAUCAGCGGUCAGUCUUAAGGGCGUUGCCCGCUCCGCUCCUCUCCGCUCUGUGCCAAUCAAACGAGUGGGAUUUGAAAGACACUCCGCCCCCUUUUCGUCUCUCCGUCCUCCAGAAACACAACUUUCAGCCAGAGAAUGUUACCACACAAUGUCCCACUGCCUCUUUUUCUACGCCUCAAGAGCCAUGGGAAGCAUUUCUAAGAGAUUAUUCUCUUGUAUCACACACACACACACACACACACACACACACACACACACACACAUAUAUAUAUAUAUAUA